AAGUAAGUAUAUUCUAUUUCUGCAAUCGUGAUGUUUAAUUGUCUCUGCAGAGCAUUACUUCACUAUCGUGGUAGAGAUGCUUAUUUCUUUAACCAUAAUAAAUUUCAAGAUUCCGUCUUCCCAUUAUCUGUCAAAUACAUAGCAACCAACUCAAAAGAACAAUCUUUUACAGUCUCAUACCUCGUUAAUUCAUGUGGGUUGUCUCCAGAAUCUGCUUUAAGGGCAUCCAAAAAAGUGCAAUUCGAAACAUCAAUAAAACCAGACUUAUUGCUCACCUAUUUCAAGAACAAUGGCUUCUCGGAAACCCAAAUUUCAGAUCUCAUCAGAAGAUAUCCGAAACUGACUUUGUACAAUCCUGAGAAAACCCUUUCGCCCAAACUUGAGUUUUUUCACUCCAAAGGCUUCUCAAGUCCUGAUCUUGCAAAAAUGAUUUGUUGCUACCCUCGUAUCUUGGAAAGUAGCUUAAAGAACCGUAUAAUCCCAUCUUUUACUUACCUUAUUAACUUCCUUCAAUCUACUGAAAAGACUAUUACAGUAGUUAAACGCUAUCCAGCUAUUAUUUAUUGUGAUCUUCAAAAGCAUCUUACUCCUAAAGUCAAUUAUUUACUAGAGAGUGGUGUGCCUGAACCAAAUAUAAUUAUGUUUCUUUACAACUGGCCUAUGGCUCUUUUACACUACCCCCGUUUGAAAGGCGCUGUAGACUUUGUAAAGAAAAUGGGUUUCAAUCCUUUAAGGUCACUUUUUAUUGUGGCUGUUUCUACAGUGUUGUUAACACAAAAAUCUGAGUGGCAUAAGAAGUUUGAUGUCUACAAGAGAUGGGGUUGGUCUGAAGAGGAGAUUCUAACAGCAUUUCAGAAACACCCGUGGUGUAUGAUGACAUCUGAGAAUAAGAUUAUGGCAGUGAUGGACUUUUUUGUGAACAGAAUGGGUUGAGAGCCUUCUGCAAUUGCUGAGCGGCCAAUUCUUUUAUCAUAUAGCAUGGAGAAGAGAAUUAUUCCACGUGCUUCAGUUCUUCAGUAUCUGAUGAUCAAAGGUUUGCUUAAGAAUGAACCUCUAUCAGCUAGACCAUUCAUUCUAUGCGAAAAGCCCUUUUUGCAAAAGUUUGUGAAUUGUUAUCCUGAAGAUCCCCAGAUAAUGAAGCUGUACAAGGAGAAGCUGUUCAAGCUGGAUCUUUCAGAGAAUAGAAACUGAUUACAACAGAAAGAUUGGGUGCAAUGCAGUAUUUAUAACAUGUUUACAUCAAAGUCAAAUUGAUGUACUUGAUCUUCUAUUUAGAUAAAAAUUUUGGUCAACACUACUUACAGUGUAUUUUCAAUUGCUUUAAUGUUUGCCUCUUGUGUGAAAAAUAUACUUAGUAAUGUGACUUUAAGAUGCAUACCCACGUAUCAUACUGUAAUAUUAGACAUUGCUUAGUCCUCUUACCGCUCUGCAGCUAGUUUCCUUAGCUUUCGGUUGUGACCUCCUUUUUCUAAGCCAGAAAACUUCAUACAUUGAUAUUGUUGAUUUGACCACAAAGUCGUUGUUUAGAAAGGAUAACAAUUCAUUUGAUGGUCGAAAUCUUCUGUAACAUUGAAGCAUAGAAAAGUGAAGCUGAAUUGAAUAGGUUAACAAUUUCAAUGGAUUUUGUAGAA